CUCGCGUCCCCUCCGGUGCCCUCCCUUCCAGUUUGGCCGCACAGGACAGCGUUUGUCCCGGACUCCGAUGCACCCAGCGCUGUAACUUCGACGUGCAGCUGCCGCUCCUACUCUUCGUGAAGCACGUCAACUCGAGCGGGGGAGAUCUUUCGACGUCCUGUGCCCCGGCCAUCGGCACGUUGAAACACUUCGUGGAGUGGAAGUAAAAGAAGAAACGGGACGGGAAAGUGGGCGAAAAAACCGUCUCGGAGGAUUCAAGCGGGCUCGUUGGCUCUGCAUAGCUUCCUUGCAGCAUCUCGGUGAGGCCUUCUUCUUCCCCGAUGGGUGCACCCUGCGAGGACGCGACACGCAGACGCAAAUCACCCGAGCAAGACGACAAGUGUGAAAGAAUGAAGACCAGCUAGAUGUUUCCCGUCUCCCACGAGUAACUGCGGUUUGAGUUUUUUCACCCCUCCCCCCCUUUCCUUUGGAAACGCACCACAUCUUUUGGACAACAUGAGCACGGAAGGUUACCAGUACCGAGCGCUGUACGACUACAAGAAGGAGCGCGAGGAAGACAUUGACCUUCACGCAGGGGACGUGCUGCUGGUGAGCAAAGGGGCGCUGGUGGGGCUGGCGUCCCUGAGCUACACCGACGGCCUGGAGCAGAGGCCCGAGGAGAUCGGCUGGCUGCCCGGCUUCAACGAGACCACGCAGGAGAAGGGCGACUUCCCCGGCACCUAUGUCGAGUACAUCGGCAAGAAGCGCAUCUCGCCGCCCACGCCCAAGCCCCGCCCGCUCCGCCCGUUGCCCGUCGCCCCGGCCACGUUGAGGGCCGAGGCCGAUUCCGACUUGGAGCAAGGCGUGUGGCUGCUGGACCUGACAGAGCAGUUUUCCCUCCCCGAGACAGCCCCGCCACACCUGGCCCGCCUGCUCGACGCCAUCGAAAAAAAAGGUCUGGAGAACCCCACGUUGUACCGGACUUUUACUGCAGGCGGUGGUAAUGAAGUCAGGCAAUAUUUGGAGUCCGACCCCGCCUCGGUGGACCUGGACCAGAUGGAGCUUCCCGCCCUGUGCGACGGCCUGCGCCGCUACCUCCAAGACCUCCCUCAGCCCAUCGUCCCGACCGCCGUGUACGCGCAGCUGCUGCACGCCGCCAAAGAGGUGUCCAAUCCCGACGAGUGCGCCCAACAGCUGCGCCGCAUUGCCAGCGGCGCCGCCCUGCCCCCCCAGUACUGGCUGGCCCUCCAGUGCGUUCUGCGCCACCUGGCCCGCGUGUGCCAGAGUGCCGCCAAGAACCUGCUGAGCGCCCGAGCGCUGGGCGAGAUCUUCAGCCCGCUUUUCUUCAGGCAGCAGAGCACCAGCUGCGAGCCCAGCCUGGAAGCCCACGUCAGGAUCAUCGAGGUUCUGGUGGCCAGCGAAUGGACUGAAAGUCAGGCAGCUCCAGCUCUACCUCCGAAGCCGCCCAAGCCCGCUCCCGUUCCUAACAACGUUCAGAACAACAGCAUGGCGCUCCAGGACGCCGAAUGGUACUGGGGGGACAUCUCCCGCGAGGAGGUCAACGAGAAGCUGCGGGACACGGCGGACGGUACCUUUUUGGUCCGCGACGCUUCCACCAAGAUGCACGGCGACUACACGCUAACGCUGAGGAAAGGCGGCAACAACAAGCUCAUCAAGAUAUUCCACCGCGACGGCAAGUACGGCUUCUCGGACCCGCUCAUCAGCUCGGUGGUGGAGCUCAUCAAUCACUACCGGCACGAGUCCCUGGCGCAGUACAACCCCAAGCUGGACGUCAAGCUGCUUUACCCGGUCUCCAAACACCAACAGGAUCAGGUGGUGAAAGAGGACAACAUCGAAGCCGUGGGCAGGAAGCUGUGCGAGUACCACCAGCAGUACCAGGAGAAGAACAAGGAGUACGACCGUCUGUACGAGGAGUACACCAGAACCUCGCAGGAAAUCCAAAUGAAGAGGACCGCCAUCGAGGCCUUCAACGAAACCAUCAAGAUCUUUGAGGAGCAGUGUCAAACGCAGGAGCGCUACAGCAAGGAGUACAUCGAGAAGUUCCGGAGGGAGGGCAACGACAAGGAGAUCCAGAGGAUCGUGGGCAACUACGAAAAACUCAAGUCCAGGAUUAGCGAGAUCGUGGACAGCAAGAGCCGCCUGGAGGAGGACCUGAAGAAGCAAGCGGCUGACUACCGGGAAAUCGACAAGAGGAUGAACAGCAUCAAGCCGGACCUCAUCCAGCUGCGCAAGACCCGAGACCAGUACCUCAUGUGGUUGACCCAGAAGGGCGUCCGGCAGAAGAAGCUCAACGAGUGGCUGGGAAUCAAGAACGACAACGUGGAAGAUCAGUACUCGAUGGUGGACGACGACGAAGACCUGCCCCAUCACGACGAGCGCUCGUGGAAGCUGGGCAACAUCAACCGGCUGCAGGCCGAGGCGCUCCUGCAGGGCAAGCGGGACGGAACAUUCCUGGUGCGCGAGAGCAGCAAGGCGGGCUGCUACGCUUGCAGCGUCGUCGUGGACGGCGAGGUGAAGCACUGCGUCAUCAACAAGACGUCGUCGGGCUUCGGUUUCGCCGAGCCCUACAACCUGUACGGCUCGCUCAAGGAACUGGUCCUCCACUACCAGCACACGUCUCUGGUGCAGCACAACGACUCUCUGAAUGUGACGCUCGCCUACCCGGUCUACGCGCAGCAGAGGCGGUGAGGCGGGCGGGGGCCCACGUACGAAAAAGGAGGCUUCAGCGGCCAAGGUGGGGCGGGGGGGCGGGGCACACCACCCAAA